ACGAUACAAGUGUAGUUUGGUGCUGAUAACACUACAGCAAAUUCAGUUGAUUUAUGUGAUUUUUAUGAAUUACAAUUCACAUAAAAAAUGACUCUGCGUCAACGAUUCUCAAAAGAUCCACUGAAAGUUGUGCGGCAACUAGAUGCAUUUCCAAAAGUGUCCGUUGAAUGUCAGCAGAGUUCGAGGAUUGGAGGAACACUUUCCAUCAUAUCGCGAGCUCUAAUUAUUUAUCUCAUAUUCAAUGAGACAAUGUACUAUAUGGAUAGUAAGUUGGUGUUUAGAUUCAAGCCUGACACUGAUAUGGAUACAAAACUGAAAAUACACAUCGACAUCACCGUUGCUACGCCAUGUUCAAAUAUUGGUGCUGACAUUUUGGAUUCGACCAAUCAAAAUGUGUUUUCUUUCGGACUUUUGGAGGAGCAAGAUACAUGGUGGGAACUUGACCUGGAGCAAAGAACUUACUUUGAUUACACACAGCAUUUAAAUGCCUAUUUACGUGAAGAAUACCAUUCGUUGAAUAGUUUAAUUUUCAAAGACAUGUUACACAAAGGCAGUCACAAAACUGCGUACAAUUUACCAGAACGCACAAUCAAACCCAAUAAACCGUUUGAUGCAUGUCGAGUUCACGGUUCGCUCACAUUGAACAAAGUAGCUGGAAACUUUCAUAUUACCGGCGGAAAGUCAAUCCAUUUCGCCAGUGGUCACAUUCAUAUACAAAAUUUCUUUGAUGAAGUCCCCUUGAACUUUUCACAUCGCAUCAAUAGAUUUAGUUUUGGUGAUUCCACAUCGGGCAUUGUUCAUCCGUUGGAAGGCGAUGAAAAGAUUUUGACAGAUAGUUCAACACAAGCACAAUAUUUUAUUGAGGUCGUGCCAACAGACAUUUAUUCGUUUAUGUCACAUGUAAAAACGUAUCAAUACUCUGUUAAGGAGAAUAUUCGACCCAUAAAUCAUUCCAAAGGUGCACAUGGGAUGCCGGGUCUUUAUUUCAAAUACGAUGUAUCUGCCUUGAAAGUGAUUGUGAGACAAGAUCAUGAAAAUUUUAUGCACUUUUUAAUACGUUUAAGUUCAGUGAUUGCUGGCAUCAUAGUAUCAGUAGGCUAUUUGAACUCUCUCAUCCAGCUUAUAACUGAUUUUUUCAUAAGCAAAGUAUCGCCGCAAACAUACCAACAAUUGCACAAUUCAAAUUUAAAUCCAAUCAUCGUUGAUGAGAAGCCACAGUCAAACUGGCAACAGCCACAACAACCAAAUAAUCUAAUAUCGAAUGCAAAUCAAAUGGUUGAUACGAAUAAUUUCAAUUUUGCUGUAAAGCAAUAAUUAUAGCAAUAAAUGUUAUUAGAAUAUUA